UGUAGUUUCCUUUAGCUAUUUUCCAGAUUUUGCAAUUUAUAUUUACAUCUCUUAGCCCUACUUUAAAAAGUUUGUUUAUUUUAUGUUUGGCUGCGUUGCCACACUCCACAGGGGAGACUGUAGUCCUGCUGUGACAUCCUGAAAUUUCUGCAGAAAUUUAUUGUGGUAAGAUUAACAGGAAAAGUUAGGACUGACUGAAAAAUAUUCACGAGUCCAGCUGCUUGCUUGUGUUAAUGGAGUGUUUUUAAAUGGGUUAUUUGUAUAGGAUACUGCUUCCACUAACAGGUCCUAAAACUCGUUCCUACAUUUGAAAUUCUAGGUGAAUGACCUUCUCGUAUUACGUUACUAAUACUAAUAUGUAGAGUAGAUUGUUACAUCUGUGAACUCACAGGUCUGGUUAAUUUUCUGUUCCAAUUUUUAUUGUAGAAUUUGUUCUUUUAAUGAAAUAAUUGAGGAAAUUGCAACAAUAGUAAUGCCCAAAUUUUACAAAUUAUUUUAAAGUAGGCAUAUUAUUUUUUACCCCAAAAAUUCUAACACCAUAGUUUUUGUGAGAAAACUUGUGAAAUGUUGUGAUAUUCUAAUUGAAUGUACCUUUAAUAUAUUAUUUGGACUUGGUAGUUCUAAAUGCGAUCUGUUUCCACAAUUUAAAAAUGGUAGAUCUGGUAGAGGUUCAGUAGCGACUUUAAAAUUUAAAGUAUAUUUGAAAUUAAAGAUCUCAUGAAAUCUAAUUGUCUGCAACUAACUGCAAUCUUGAUGAAACAAAGCACUUCUUAAAAAGUUAAAUGGCAGAAGGGAAGGAGGAAUGCAUAGUUUGAAAACAACUGUAUUAUAAUUAUAUUUUUCUUUUUCAAUCAACAGAGCAACAGCUAUCCUUCAAUGACUGAUCCAUAUUUGUCAAGUUAUUAUGCCCCUUCCAUUGGAUUCUCCUAUUCUCUUAGUGAAGCAGCACCAUGGUCCACUGGCGGUGAUCCUCCUAUUCCAUAUUUAACAACCUAUGGACAGCUGAGUAAUGGAGACCAUCAUUUCAUGCAUGAUGCUGUGUUUGGUCAGCCUGGGGGACUAGGCAGUACCCCAUAUUUAAACCAACAUAGAUUCAACUUUUUCCCUGAAAAUCCAGGGUUUUCUGCAUGGGGAACUGGUGGAUCUCAGGGGCAACAAACACCAAGCUCAGCAUAUGGCAGUAGCUAUAGUUACCCACCUAGUUCUUUGGGAGGAACAAUAGUAGAUGGACAGGCAGGGUUUCCAAAUGAUACCUUGAAUAAGGCACCAGGCAUGAAUAGCAUUGAACAGGGGAUGGUUGGACUAAAGAUUGGAGCUGUGACAUCAGGUGUAAAGACUGUAGGAUCUGUGGUAAACAGUCCAGGUAUGACCAACACAGCACCUGGAAAUGGCUCAGCAGCUGGUGUAUCUGCUCCAAAGCCAACAUCGUGGGCUGCCAUUGCAAGUAAACCAGCCAAGCCUCAACCAAAAUUAAAACCAAAGACUGGAGCAGCAGUAGGAGGUUCUGCAUUGCCCCCACCACCUAUAAAACAUAAUAUGGACAUUGGUACAUGGGACAAUAAAGGACCUGUACCAAAAGCUCCUCCAACCCAUCAGGACCCUAAUACUCAGGCAGUUCCACAGCAGCAGUUGACUCAACCCCCUCCAGCUCAGCCAUUACAACUUCCACAACAAUCUUAUCAGAAUCCUCAACAAACCCCACAGAACCGAUGGAUAGCCCCUCGCAAUAGAGGGGCAGCAUUUGGUCAAAAUAGUGGAACUGGUAACGAAAGCAACUCGGUGGGUAGUCUACCGGUUAGCUCUCCACCAAGCAAUGAGACUCAUCCUGUUCUUGAGAAAUUGAAGGCUGCAUACUGCUACAACCCAAAAGACUUUGAUUGGAAUCUUAAAAAUGGCCGAGUGUUUAUUAUCAAGAGCUACUCUGAGGAUGAUAUCCAUCGCUCUAUCAAGUACUCCAUUUGGUGUAGUACCGAACACGGCAACAAACGCUUGGACAGUGCUUAUCGCUCGAUGGCUGGAAAAGCUCCUGUUUACUUAUUAUUCAGUGUGAAUGGCAGUGGACACUUCUGUGGAGUGGCAGAAAUGAAGUCGCCAGUGGACUAUGGUACAUGUGCCGGGGUUUGGUCACAGGACAAGUGGAAAGGCAAAUUUGAUGUUAAGUGGAUCUUUGUAAAGGACGUGCCUAAUAACCAGCUGAGGCACAUCCGUUUGGAAAACAAUGAUAAUAAGCCAGUCACUAACUCUCGGGACACUCAGGAGGUUCCUUUAGAGAAAGCCAAGCAAGUGCUCAAAAUUAUUGCUACUUACAAGCAUACCACCUCAAUUUUUGAUGACUUUUCACAUUAUGAAAAGCGUCAAGAAGAAGAGGAAGUUGUACGUAAGGAGCGCCUGAACCGAAACAAAUGAUAAGAAAACAUUUGACUUGAUGAGUUUAAAAAAAAAACUGAAAACCUGGUGCUGUGACCCAGCAUCAGAAUGAAAAUAAAAAUCAAAGCUUUCUGCUCCAGUGGUAUCUUUAUGUGCAGGGGAAUUAAGCUACAUCACGUUUUUAGUACAUUUCUGUUUUUGUUUUUGCCCAGACUGGUCUGCAUUUUGUUUGUAAUUUUGCACCUAAAAUGCUGUAGCAGUCACUGGUAACUUCUGUUACACUGAAGCUUUAGCCUGCAUUUGUUUAGCAAUCCUACGAAGAUGAGCCUUUCAAGCUCUUUUUUUUAAAAUGGGAAAUAUUACUGCGUCAGCCUUAUGUAGUUUGGAUGAUGUGAUGCUUUCAACGUUACUAGUUUUGGUGAUGUGUGUUAACUUUGAGCUUUCUGGUGUUCUUUUCAAGUCGCUGUUAAUUUGCAUUCUCUCAUGAAAAUCCCAAGGUCAUUCUUUUCUCUUCCUUCCGUAAAGCUGAGCUUUAAUGUAGGAGCAAAUAGUGGAAACGAUGGUUGAUGUCUCAAAAAAUAUAAAUUGAUGCAAACGUCUCUUGAUUUUUGAGAUGAAAUAUUUUUGAUUGUUUUUUUCUGUCCGAAAGCUGUACUUUGCUGUACUGUAUGUCUGUGGAAUGAGGGAACCAUUGAAAUUGCUGCCGACUGGAUAAAGCAUGAAACGGUGCUCAUGCCUGUUGCUUUAGUUCACAGAAACUUGCACGUGUUUAUUGUAGAGGAACUUUACUAUCGUUAGAAAGAAAACAAACAAUUAACUCUUCUGAACCUAGUUACAAAAAUGGACCUCAAUUUAAAAACAAAACUAUCAUUUAGACUUAUAUUUAGACAAUUUUAGUUAUGUCUAUGGAAUAUUGCCUGUAAGGUAAAUGAACAUCAUUGGGUUGAUUUUUCUUUCCUCUAGAAGAAUACAAGCCUUAAUAAACAAUAUCUAUUUAGCAAGCACA